AUUAUUAUGCACUUAAUUAAAUACUCACCACGCCGCACCGAUGUGUACAAGUCGUGGAUGGCAACCGCCUGCGGAUCUUACCCCUUCUAGCACUCCUUGCUUAUGCAUGCCGGAGUUGCAGAUCAGACGGUCUCUUCACGCGUCGUACAGCCAAACUGCGUUUAGUCUGGGAUCGAGAUUUCACGCUAGCGAACGAUAAACCAUAAGAUUGACCUGGCACGGCAGAGAGCAC